AUGCCUCAAAACGAUUAUAUUGAACGUCAUAUUAAGCAACAUGGUAAAAGAUUAGACCAUGACGAAAGAAAACGUAAGAGAGAGGCGAGAGAGUCCCAUAAGAUCUCUGAACGUGCUCAGAAUUUGACUGGUUGGAAGGGUAAACAAUUUGCCAAGAAGAGAUAUGCCGAAAAGGUAUCAAUGAGAAAGAAGAUCAAGGCACACGAACAAUCUAAGGUUAAAGGUUCAUCUAAACCAUUGGAUACCGAUGGUGACGCUUUGCCCACAUAUUUGUUGGACAGAGAACAAACCAAUACAGCCAAAGCUAUUUCUUCAUCGAUUAAACAGAAGAGACUGGAAAAGGCUGACAAGUUUUCAGUACCACUACCAAAAGUUCGUGGUAUUAGUGAAGAAGAAAUGUUUAAAGUCAUUAAAACGGGUAAAUCUAGAUCCAAGUCAUGGAAGAGAAUGAUAACAAAACAUACUUUUGUUGGUGAAGGAUUCACCAGAAGACCAGUAAAAAUGGAAAGAAUUAUUAGGCCAAGUGCAUUGAGACAAAGAAAGGCAAAUGUGACUCAUCCAGAAUUGGCCGUUACUGUCUUCUUACCAAUUCUAGCCGUAAAGAAAAAUCCCCAAUCUCCAAUGUACACUCAAUUGGGUGUUUUAACCAAGGGUACCAUUAUCGAAGUCAACGUUUCAGAACUGGGGAUGGUUACCGCCGGUGGUAAAGUUGUCUGGGGUAAGUAUGCCCAAAUUACAAAUGAACCAGAUAGAGACGGUUGUGUCAAUGCGGUUUUGCUUGUAUGA